GUUCUUUGUACAGUUCUCUCAACGAAAACCUGACAUAGUAAAUUCGGAAUCUCCUAUUGCAUAGAAGUAACUUAUGUUAAAACCAAGUAAUUUAAAACAACAAACCACUGAUAGUACCCUCCUUUGCCCGGACUUGGGACCUGUAGUAACUCGGGGGUUGUGAGUAGCUGAUAAAAUUCAAAAGCAACCAUUAAUUGCAUCAGUUCAAGUAACUGUCGUCUAUCCAUGAGGUUCAAUGUAAUUUUGUUAAAAGUGAAACGGUGAAAAUAAUUUUAAAAAACCAUGUCAACCGCAAGUUCACAUCCGUAUAGUAAUCUCAGUUUAACGACCGAUCCCCUUGCUACAUUAAUGAAGCCUGAUAUUAUUUCAAUGUCAAAAAAUAGUCAAGUUAUAAACGGUGGCGGUGGUGAUUUGACAUCAUCAUCUUCUACCACAUCAUUAAAUCGUACAAAUCCCUCCAUAAAUUCAUUGAAUGUUAGUAGUCAUACAUUGGAUAAAGUGAAAGUUGCAAAAGUUACAUUGGAAUAUUACUACGACAAUUUAAUUGUUCAAUAUCGAGAACGUCAAAAUAGGUACAAAAUUUUAGAGUCAAUGAUGGAAAGUGAAGGCCUAACAGAAGAACAAAAACAAAUCAAACGUACACAACAUGCUCUCAAAGAAAGUGAAUUUCUCCGACUUAAACGAGCACGACUCACAGUUGAUGAUUUUCUACCUCUUAAAAUAAUUGGUAAAGGAGCAUUUGGUGAAGUAAGAUUAGUUCAAAAACAAGACAAUGGCUAUAUUUAUGCUAUGAAGAUUUUGCAUAAAGCAGAUAUGCUACAAAAGGAUCAAGUGGCUCAUGUAAGAGCUGAACGUGAUAUUCUAGUCAAAGCUGAUAAUCCUUGGGUUGUGAAAAUGUUUUAUUCAUUUCAAGAUUCGGUCAAUCUGUAUUUAGUUAUGGAAUUCCUUCCAGGUGGUGAUAUGAUGACACUGUUGAUGAAACGAGAUACAUUGACAGAAUCUCAAACGCAGUUUUAUAUAGCUGAAACCGUUCUAGCAAUAGAUUCAAUACAUAAAAUGGGUUUUAUUCAUCGUGAUAUUAAACCUGACAAUUUAUUACUGGAUGCAAAGGGUCAUAUUAAAUUGAGUGAUUUUGGCUUGUGUACAGGUUUGAAAAAAGCUCAUCGAACAGAUUUCUACAAAGAUUUAUCUCAAGCUAAACCAAGUGAUUUUUCCUCUGGUCGUGCAGACUCCAGGAGAAGAGCUGAAGGUUGGAAUAAAAAACGACGAAGAUUAGCUUAUUCUACUGUUGGAACACCGGAUUAUAUUGCACCUGAAGUAUUUCAACAUCAUGGUUAUACAAAUUCGUGUGAUUGGUGGUCACUUGGUGUUAUUAUGUAUGAAAUGCUGAUAGGCUACCCACCGUUUUGUUCAGCUACACCACAAGAAACGUAUAAAAAAAUUAUGAGUUGGAAAGAGGCAUUAUUUUUUCCACCUGAAAUGCCCAUUAGUAAUCAUUCAAGAAACUUAAUACAAUCUUUAUGUUGUGGGGCAGAAACACGUUUAUCAAGUAUUGAAGAUAUACGAAAACAACCAUUUUUCCAUGCAGUUGACUGGGAGCAUAUACGCGAACGACCUGCAGCGAUUCCAGUGAAUAUACGUUCAAUUGAUGAUACUAGUAAUUUCGAUGAAUUCCCCAAUGCUGAUUUAAGUUGGCCUAAUGUUACAGAUCCUAUGAAAAGCUAUCAGAAAAAUUUAGCUUUUAUAAAUUAUACUUAUAAGGCAUUUGAUGGUUGGACAAAUAACGACCGAAUAUUAGAUCGUCAAUUAUAUCAACAACAAAAAUUUCAACGCCAUCAAACUGCCUUAUCAUCUAGAAGUAGUAUACUGUCCGAUUUAACUGGAAUAAAGAAUAAAUCUUCAACAUAAUGAAUUAAUUCUUUAUUGAUUACACAUUAAAUUACCUAUUUCCACCUCCGUUCCCCUCGUCACACACAUAUAUUUAUAUAUAACUAGUGUUUCGUAUCUUAACAUCUUUGUACCUAUCUCUCAUAUUUGUCACUGUUUUGUUUCUUUUCUUCUGGUUAUUUUUUUGAGAGAUCUUUUCUUAUAAAUAAAACUAUCAAUGUAGUUUUAAAAAAGUUUGGUUAUUAUGUAUAUCACUUGAAAAAUUACCUUUUGUCUUUCCAUGAACUCCUUACUAUAUAAUCAUCACUCUGUUGUAUUGUUUCAUAACAUUGGCUCACUUGUAUUUGUUUCUUUUGUUACUUCUUUUUCUGCUUCACUUAUUCCCUCUGUUUACACGAAUAUUUGUAUUUCUUUUUUUCUGGAUUGAGUGCUUCUUUAAAAUGGAGGAAAUAUUGUUCUUCAAUAUGUAUAGUGUAAUUGAACUGUUGAGAUGAAAGCUCUUUACAUUUUGCUGUUGAUUAUUGUUCCAUUCAAUUCUGUUUGUUAUUCGCAUGUAUUCUGAAUUGUCUUUUAGAGUACUGAUGAUUGUUAAUUUGUAACCAUUUCAGUGUAUACCACAUUCCCACGUUUCUCCUAAAUUGCAUUCCUUGGACAAUAACAUAUAACGUUCCAUAUUUGUUCAAGUUAUAGUUUUUUUAUUCUGCCAUAUAAAAUGUGCCUUGUUUCAUCUUUUUCUUUCUUUUUUAGGUUGUUACUCUCACGUCACUGCUUUCUUUAUAUUCACUUCAUUCUUGUAGAUUUUCUCGGUUUCUAUCCAAUCUGUUUUGUUCUGCUCAAUUCUAAUCUGUUUCGUUUACUGUUCAGCUUUUUUGCUUUAAUGAACUGCAUUAUCGUACUGCAAUUUUAAUUCAGACCUAGUUAUUUCAAGACUAAGUUGACUAAUGUCUGUUUAUAUGUUUAUCUGAUGUUCAGUCCAUCUAUUGUUUGUAAUUACCUACUAGUUUACUAUUUCUACAAAGAGAUUAUUAUCAUUCAUUUAAACCAAAAAGUAUAUAUUUUUGUCUACUAAUAUAAUUAAUAAUAAUACUUCUACAACUUUCACCAUUGAAGUGAACAAAUUAAUUUAUCUUUACACUUUUUGAUAGUUCCAUUGUUUUCUUCGAGUUAAUAAUCACACCAGUCAAACAAGACGACUUUUUUCUCUCUCUCUAAACUUCCAUUUCAUUCAUGUUCUAUGAAUAAUGCUGAGAAACAGAGAUUUUCGUUUUAUUUACAUACAAAAUCAGAUUCGAAAUCUGUGCGCAUCGAUGGUAUUUUUAUUGAAGUAUACAACCGGUUUUAGUUAUGUUGAUGAUGAUCUAUUUAUUGUAAAAGAAUAAAAGCUUGAAUGGUAAAACCAUAGAAAAAAAUCAUAGAAAUCAUUUUGACUACUAUCUAAUUUUCGGUUAAUAAUUAUUCAACCAAAUCUCUCAGAAUAAUGGAUAUAUCUGUCCAAUUGAUAUUUCAGUCAUUCACACACAAUAAGGAUGAUGAUAACGUGGUCACUUUUUUGUUGAUUAUGACGAAUCUUGGAACAAACUACUACGUUGUCUCGGAUAGAGUUUCUUCUUAUUCUUCUUUCUGCUUAUUUUUGUUUAUUCACAAAGAAGUGAUAUUGUUUUGUUCCUCUAAUCUAUCUUCUCGGUCUUCUCUGUCAAUUUACUUGGAAUCUGUGUUAUUAUUGAUUCUCGUUAUUAUUAUUAUCAUUAUUAUUCCAUCUUACUAUAGACAUUACUAUUUAUCAUCAUUUUUAGUGUUCUGUGUACAAUAGAUGAUGAAUAAAAGAAUUGUAACCCUUGUAAUAAUGAUGAUAUUUUUACAUCCAUUAUUUUUCAUAUCAGGAUGAAAUUUAAUAGAACAUAUUUUAUUGUCAUCUGUUUAGUGAAUCUAAAUCAUUAUAUAUUAUGAUCAAUUGUACGAGCAUAUUUUUCUCCGUACUUAGACCAAUAAUCGAUAAAAUGCUACUAGCAAAAAUUACUACUGUCAAUC